AUGGCGGGCCCGGUGAAGGACCGGGAGGCCUUCCAGAGACUCAGCUUCCUGUACCAGGCUGCACACUGCGUCCUCUCGCAGAACCCCGAGAACCAGGCGCUGGCGAGGUUUUACUGCCACACAGAGAAGACCAUCGCGAAGCGGCUGGUCCUGCGGCAGGACCCCUCUGUGAAGAGGACGCUGUGUCGCAGCUGCUUCUCUCUCCUCGUCCCGGGCCUCACCUGCACGCGGCGCCAGAGACGCCGAAAAGGACAGCGCUGGACAGUGCAGACCUGCCUGACAUGCCAGCGCAGCCAGCGGUUCCUCAAUGACCCCAAGCAUCUGCUCUGGGGUGACCGCCCCGAAGCCCAGCUGGAAAAUCAAGCAGAUUUCAGACCAUCAGAGCCCCCACCAAACAUAGCCCACCUGCCUAAGGAGAAUGAGUGUGCAGCCUCAGACUAGAAACACCAGUGACGGAUUUCUUCCACUUCCCGGAUAAAUAAAGUUAAAUUCUGCUUGA